AUGCCCGCAGCGCCCUCUGACACAUGCUCCGCCGUCUGCCCCGAGCGCCGACUGCAUCCACCCAUCCACCGCCGCUCGGCCUCCCUCGGGUGGCGCCCACUGACAUCUGCCCGCCGACUGCAUUCAUCCGCCCUGACCUCUCCUCAGGUCAUGUCCCCCACUGUCGGCGGCAGUGGCUCCCCCGCCCUCGUCGCACCGGGCCGCGCUGCUGGAGCGGCCGAGGGUCCAGGCCCGGCCUUGGGCACAACGUCCCAGGCAGCCGCCCCCAGGAGGCAAACUCACCCCGCCAAAGCCAUCCUGGCAGGUGGUAUUGCAGGUGGAAUUGAAAUCUGCAUCACAUUCCCAACAGAGUACGUAAAAACACAGCUGCAGCUCGAUGAACGUGCAAAUCACCCUCGCUACAAGGGCAUUGGUGACUGUGUUCGGGUGACGGUUCGGGACCAUGGGUUCAAAGGACUAUACCGAGGCCUCAGCACCCAGGUGUAUGGCUCCAUUCCUAAAUCCGCCAUCAGGUUUGGGAUGUUUGAGUUCCUGAAGAACCGUCUGGUCAAUGAGAACGGGAUUCUGACUAACCAGAGAAGCCUGCUGUGUGGCCUGGGAGCUGGGGUGGCAGAAGCUGUGUUGGUGGUCUGUCCCAUCGAGACGAUAAAGGUGAAAUUUAUUCAUGACCAAUCCUCACUUAAUCCCAAAUACCAUGGGUUUUACCACGGGAUCAGGGAGAUUAUUCGAGAACAAGGAUUAGGAGGCACGUACCAGGGUGUGACGGCCACAGUCCUCAAGCAAGGCUCCAACCAAGCAAUCCGCUUCUUUGUGAUGACCACGCUGCGAAACUGGUAUAAGGGUGACGACCCCCAUAAAUCCAUCCACCCGGUCAUCACCGCUAUGUUUGGAGUGAGUGCCGGGGCAGCCAGUGUCUUUGGGAACACGCCCAUGGACGUGCUGAAGACACGGAUGCAGAGCCUCGAUGCCUACAAGUAUAAGAACACAGCACACUGUGCUUAUCAGAUCUUUACAAAGGAGGGGCCCCGGGCGUUUUACAAAGGAACGAUUCCGCGCUUGGGCAGAGUGUGUCUUGACGUGGCCAUUGUCUUCGUUAUUUACGACGAGCUCAUCAAACUUCUGCACAGGGCGUGGUAGACGGUGAAUAGAAGCAGCGACUGCACCACACAGCCUCCGUCACUCUCUUUUCCUCUUGUUUCAUAC